GCGUAGCAGACAGGAAAGCCGGGGGUCGGUCGAUAUGGCAUGGCCGGCCCGAGGGAGGGUGUUCGUUGGAGAGCUGAGAAUCGAGUUUCCACGGAAGACGGAGACGCGGCACAGCCGAACAAGAAAAGGUCCGACGAAGACGAUCGGGGGAAAGGAGAUCGAGAAUUCCGACAAUCUGGGCACCUCUAACUGCUGCGUUGCGCUGAAUCGGGGUCCCGACAAGAUCGAGAUUGUCCCCAACGAUCUCGGCAAGAGGCUUACCCCGUCCUACGUGGCAUUCAGUGACGAGCAGUGUCUCGUCGGAGACGCCGCCAAGAAGUAUGGCCUGAAGUAUCCCGACCGGUGCGUGUUCGAGGUUAAGCGUCUGAUUGGGCGGUCGUUCCACGACUGCAACGUCCAGCAAGACAGCAAGAUGUGGCCUUUUCAGGUUCUUGCGGGCCCGAAGAGCGAAGUGCUCAUAGGUGUUCAGAAGGGAGCGAAGACCGGCGCCGACGAUGGACAGGCGCAGAGAUCGACCUUCACGCCGGAAGAGAUAUCGGCGAUCUUGCUGAGGAGGAUGAAGAAAUUCGCCGAGGACUAUGCUGGCGGCCUCACGAUCCGCGAUGCUGUCAUAACGGUUCCCGCCUAUUUCAACGACAGUCAACGCCAGGCGACGCGGGACGCGGGCGAGCGCGCGGGACUGAGAGUGCUGCGGCUGAUGAGCGAGCCAACGGCGGCGGCGCUGGCGUACGGACAGCAAAAUCUGAUAGGCAAGGGGAGCUUCGACAGGAAGAUAAGGGGGGGUCUGGAGAAGAAGAUCCUUGUGUUCGAUCUGGGGGGGGGCACGUUCGACGUCUCCCUCAUCACAGUAAAGGCGGGGCCAAGCGGAGAGGCGCAGUUCUUGGUAAACGCGGUGGCAGGGGACGGGCAUCUAGGCGGGGCGGACUUCGACAGUCGGGUGCUUGCGCACGUAGCGGAAGAGUUCGCGCGGCAAUGCGGGGAGGACAUCACGCGCAAGCCCAAGGUGAUGGCGAAGCUGCGGAGCGCCGUCAUCGAAGCCAAGCACGCACUCUCGUCGCAAUUGGAGAUAGACAUCGACCUAGACUACGGCGAUCAGACCCCGAGCACGAAGAUAGGUCGAGCGACGUUCGAGAUGUUGAACAGAGAGCUGUUCGAGGAGUGUAUGGAGAUAGUCCUGAGAGCACUGCGCGCCGCGGGAGUGUCGAAGGACGAGAUCACCGAGGUCGUUCUUGCCGGGGGGUCAACCCGGAUCCCGAUCGUUCAAGACAAAUUGACCGCCCUUUUUGGCAAGCCGCCGUUAAAGGCGAUCCAUCCCGACGAGGCGGUGGCAUACGGCGCCGCAGUGCAGGCAGGCCUGCUGCUGGCCAUCAGCGACAAGUGCGACGAGGGUGCUGCUGUCGCGGGUUCCAACCCACCACCACCUAAGGUAUCUAUACAAGACGUAACUCCUCUGAGCAUUGGAACCGAUUCCGACAUGGACAUGAUGGCCGUGCUCAUCCGGCGAAACACUCCCAUUCCCGCCAAAGGCAAGGCUCAAUUCUUUUGCUCGAUGGAUUACCAGCCGGCUAUGCAAUUCAAGUUGUUCGAGGGAGAGCGCGCUCUCUGUAGCGCUAAUCGGUACCUGGGGGAGUUUACGCUAACCGGUUUCACACCGGUUCCUGCGAGCGGCAAGCCGGUGGCGCAAUUGCUGCUGACUAUAGACGAGGAUGGGAUUCUGCACGCGACAGCGGAGGCGACCGACAAUCACCGCGAGCUGGGGAUGACGCAGGGGGUGACAAUACAAACGGGUAAGGGCACGCUGAUCAAAGACGACGCGCAUGCUGUAGCUGCGGCGACGGGCGGAGGUUCGGCUAUGGCGGCGAACACGGCGCAGGAUGAAGCGGAGGACAAGGCGAUCAGAGCUGCUUACGACUCCAGGAAGAGAUUGCGCGAGCUCGCGUGGGCAAUCCGACAGCAGUAUCAUUCCGCUUGCUAUCUCUUGUGCAGUCAGAGGGCGCAACAGAUAUUGAAUGCUAUGCCCAGAGAGACCAAGCUCCUACCGCAGUCGGAGUAUGAGAGAAUGAUAUACGAGCUGCAAAUGAUUCGUGGCCGGUGAUUGGCUUCUCAUCAUCAACUCCUUGCCGCUCGAGGGAUCGCCUCCGACGCCAACUUCUGUCUGUGUAAUAUACCUGUAGGAUCUCUCUCUCUCUCUUUGUUUUUUUUUUAGUAAUCUUUUCCUUCCUUUCCUUUUUAGGACUUUCUUCUCUCUCGAUUUCUUCGUGUGAACCUUGCGCAAGAGAAGGCGCGGGGGACGGCGGGGGGGCAGGGGGGGNGGGGGGGAGGGGGGGGGGAAAAGGGGGGGGAGCCGGGGGGGAUUGCUUUCUUUUCUUCUUUCCUAUCAUUCCUGAAAAUCGUCAUUUAAUUGGUUUACACAUGUGUUAAUCCGUCUCUCGCGUGGGAUUAAUAAUGUUAUUAGCAUGGUCUAAUUGUC